ACGACAUCGUUGCAACGUGCACAAGCUCCCCACGCCGUACAUUCGCACACUUGUGUAGGGCCAGGCCUCUCAUUAUUUUGCGGAUAUCGAAGAGGUGCAGCCGUGGUUUCACCGAACAAAACAGUUUUGGAACUUAAGUUAAGAAGCUCUCUUCGUAUGUUUACUUUUAUGGGGACCCUGACUGAGAAGUUUUGGUUUGGACGCUGAAUAUCUUUUCCUACUUGUUCCUACCUCCAUGAUCUAAACCGUAACGUCCACCACAUUCGCAAUUCAGUGAUGAAGCCAGUUUGUCUUUACAAAAUGUGAAAGAACUGUCACAGUUGUACGUGCUGAAAUUGUAGAAUUUUUGCAUUCUCAGCUGCAGCCUGUCGAAAUUAUAAUUUAUAUUAAAUAACUCAAGAUGAAGGUGAAGGUGUUGAGUCGCAAUCCCAACAAUUACAUCCGUGAGACAAAGAAUGAUAUUCACAGAGUUCCCAGAAACUAUGAUCCAUCCUUGCAUCCCUUUGAGGCACCCAGGGAGUACGUACGGGCACUGAAUGCCACCAAGUUGGAGCGAGUCUUUGCCAAGCCCUUCUUGGGUGCCCUGGAGGGGCAUACAGAUGGUGUGCACUGCAUGUUCAAGCACCCAGGCAGCCUCUCAACGCUCCUAUCUGGGGGAUGCGAUGGACAGGUCAAAAUUUGGAACCUGCCGACCAGGAAAUGUGAAAGAACAAUCACUGCACACAGUGGUUUUGUGAGAGGAGUCUGCACCGACAGGAAGGCUGCAAGUAUCUUCACAGUAGGAGAUGACCAGACAAUCAAACAAUGGAGUAUGGUGCCACCUGAGUAUGGCAAACAAGAAACACCUGUUAAUACCAUAAUUGGAAAGACAGUAUUUCAGUCCAUCGACCACCACUGGCACGAUGCAAAGUUUGCUACCAGCGGUCAGCAGGUGGACAUCUGGGAUGAGCAGCGGACAGAGCCCCUGCGGUCAUUCACCUGGGGGACGGACAGUAUACACAGCGUGAAAUUUAAUCCCGUUGAGACGUACCUGCUGGCUAGUUGCACGGCUGAUCGCAAUAUUGUACUUUACGACAUGCGAGGGUCGACACCCUUAAGGAAACUCCUACUGAACAUGCGCAGCAACACGAUAGCCUGGAACCCCAUGGAGGCGUUCAUAUUUACAGCAGCCAACGAAGAUUACAACCUUUAUACAUUUGACAUUCGGAAACUAGACAUUGCACUCAACGUUCACAUGGACCAUGUAUCAGCUGUCAUGGAUGUAGACUACUCACCAACGGGGAAAGAGUUUGUGAGUGGGAGCUUUGAUAAGUCAAUCCGGAUCUUCCCUGUGGAUAGAGGACACAGCAGGGAAAUCUACCACACAAAGCGAAUGCAGCAUGUGACGUGUGUUCGGUGGAGUUUAGACAGCAAAUACAUCCUUUCUGGCUCUGAUGAGACCAAUAUCAGAAUCUGGAAAGCCAACGCAUCAGAAAAGUUGGGAAAGCUGCAAAAGAGAGAGGUUGCAGCUGACCAGUACAAUGCCAAGCUGAAGGAGAAAUUCCAGCACCACCCGCAGCUGAAGCGCAUCCGCAGGCACCGUCACAUCCCCAGGGCGAUCUAUCAGGAGGCCAAGACCAUCAAAGUGCAGAGGGAGUCCAUCAGGAGGAAGACCGAGAACAGACGCAGACACAGUAAGAAGGGUGCCGUGCCUUACGUCGCCGAGAGGAAGAAAAGCAUAAUUACAGUAGUGGAGUAGGUAUCCAAAAUUAGUAAUUUUUGGGGUAGGGGAUCUUUGAAUUUUUUGAAAUCUUAAAACAAACCAUUCACUUGUAUCCUGAGCUUACGUGAUCACAAAGCUUUCUGUGGGCCAUCACUGGGAAAUCAGUAUUCAAAAGCUGGUUCUUUUCAGCAUACAAGAAGGCACAAAUAUAACUUCAGCAGCAUGAAUCGUUUACAGCACAAUCUGUGGAGUUUGAGAUGCGUUUAACUUUUAUCAAAUUUGCAGCAUGUUAUGUGACAUCGAAAGUCACAUCUGCAAUUGCUUUGUGAACCAACUUUUAUUCUUGGUUCAACCAAGUUGAAUUUCCGACAGCAAAUAGCAGGAGGCUCGUAAAUAAAUGACAAUCAAAGUUCCACUUGUCGAUUGUAAUAAUUAUGAUUGUUUUAUUUUAAUUAAGAAGUAGGUACGUAGCUGACGUGGCAAGUAAACAAAAGGAGGGUGGAAAAAACAGAAUUGGAAAUUGACAUUUAAUAUUUAAUUAGUAUUCAUCAACCUUGCUUGGUCACACAGUUACAAAUUCCUGCACAGAAUGGUACGGCCCAAUUUUCAGACCAUUCCAUUUAGGUUUUCUUAAAGGGCACUGAGGAUUAGAUCAAUAAGAAAUAACAGGUUUAAAUGUAUAAUUUGUUAUUAUAAUUUAAUAUCACCUCAUUACUUUACUCACAGAAACAACCCUCACUUUCAAUGGAAUAUUCUGGUUUUGGAAAACUCCAUUACUGUUUACAGGUACAGACAAAAGACAGAUUCUUACUUGACAAAUGUCAAUACUUUUUAUAGUAGUAAAUGGAAACUACAAGCUUAAUACAUUCAAGUACAUGUUUACAAAUGUUUUUUCUUUCUAAGUAAAUGGACAUUCAAAUGCUACGCGGAGAGAAUUGCAGAAAUUAGAUAAAAUGAAGUAACGGUACAAUUCUAGGGAAUGACAAAUGUUGAUCAAACUUACAAAACUUGGAUCAGUAACUGUGUUAGUGGCUCUACCUAAUAAAAACAUUUCAGAAAUCA